AUCCAAAAUGGAAUGAAAGAAAGAAGAAAAAGAGAGAAAAGUGGAAGAAGUCUUGUAUUGAAGGCCACAUAUAAUAAUAACAGCAAACAACAUCUCUGUCCUGUCUUUUCUCUCUUUUCUUCCCCAAAUCAUAUGAAAUAGUUUGUGCAAAAUCCCCAUUUCAUCUCAUUAAGCCAAAAAAGUAAGCUUUUUGGGACAUACCCAGAUUAAAUUAGAUCAAAUCAACCUCUAUAACCAUCUUAAAUCUUUUUUUUCCCCAAAAUUAAUACAAGAAUUCAAUUAAUUAAUCAAUUAAUUAGUGUGAAAAAGGAUAAAAAUUAUGUCUUGUUCAUCAUCUUCUGGGUCAGAGGAAGAAGAAGAGGAGUUUGAAUCAUACAGAAAAGGAGGGUAUCAUGCUGUGAGAGUAGGUGAUUCCUUCAAUGGUGGACGUUACAUUGCUCAGAGAAAAUUGGGUUGGGGACAAUUUUCCACUGUUUGGCUUGCUUAUGAUACUCUUACCUCUGAAUUUGUUGCUUUGAAGAUUCAGAAAAGUGCACCACAGUUUGCUCAGGCUGCUCUUCAUGAAAUUGAAAUCCUUUCAGCUAUCGCUGAUGGAGAUUUAACACAUUCCAAGUGUGUGGUUCGAUUGAUUGAUCACUUCAAGCAUACAGGCCCAAAUGGGCAGCACCUGUGCAUGGUUCUUGAGUAUCUCGGGGAUAGCUUGCUUCGUUUAAUCAGAUACAAUCGUCACAAAGGCAUGAAUUUAAACAAAGUUAGGGAAAUUUGCAGAUGUAUUUUGAUAGGCUUGGAUUAUUUACACCGGGAACGUAACAUAAUCCACACAGACCUAAAGCCAGAAAACAUUCUUCUAAACUCUCCUAUUGAUCCAUCUAAAGAUCCGGUUAAGUCUGGUUUUACCCCAAUUCUUGAAAGGCCUGAAGGGGGAAACCAUAAUGGUGGAGGAGUUUCAAUGAGCUUAAUUGAAAAAAAGCUUAAGAGGAGGGCAAAGAUGGCAGUGGCCAGGAUUUCCCAGAGAAGGACUUCCAUGGGUGUGGCACAGCACCCAAAACCAGAAAGAUCUUUGGAAGGGAUCGACGUGAGGUGCAAAGUUGUAGACUUCGGAAACGCCUGUUGGGCUGAUCAACAGUUCAUGGAAGAAAUACAGACAAGGCAGUAUAGAGCUCCUGAAGUUGUUAUACGUUCAGGUUAUACCAUGUCUGCUGACAUGUGGUCAUUUGCUUGCACAGCAUUUGAGCUUGCGACUGGUGACAUGUUAUUUACUCCUGAAGGUAGACAAGGAUUUACAGAUGAUGAGGAUCAUCUUGCCCAAAUGAUGGAACUCCUAGGAAAGAUGCCUAAAAAGAUAUCUAGUGGAGGAGCGCGUUUUAAAGACUUUUUUGAUCGAUAUGGGGAUCUAAAGAGGAUCAAAAGACUUAAGUAUUGGUCGCUUGAUCGAUUGCUUGUUGACAAGUACAAAUUCUCUGAAGAAAAUGCCCGCGAUUUUGCUGAAUUUCUGUGCCCAAUUCUUGAUUUUGCUCCUGAAAAGCGGCCUACGGCCCAGCAGUGCCUGCAGCACCCUUGGCUUAACCUGACCUCUAACGAUACUUCUAAUGACAAGAAAUUAACUGCUGGGAUGAAAACCCUUCAAAUUUAGGUGAAUUCUUGAAGAGAAGGCAACUUUUACAGGUUUGGUGCAUGUUCAUCUCUUUGAUUGCUUCCUGCACAGUGAAGAAAUUACCCCCACGAUUUAAUUUUGGUUUUUACCUUAGUUACAAUAAGGUUACAUUACAAGAGGUUUUAUAACCUCCCCUACAAUUUUCAUUAUACCUGAUGUAAUAUAAUGAUUUGAUUCCUUUUUUUAUUUUCUUUUGGUGAGGAACUGAGUUACUGACUUUAUAACGAGAAUUUUGGUCAAAGUUUAUAGUUCAAAAGGAUGUAUAUCUGGGUUUCUAAGAAUGUGGAAAUUGUUGUUCUCUUUCUCAUA